AAAAAGGUCAAAAGGCAACGAGGCGCCCCCACCCCCCGCAACCACUGUACCGGGGUAUAGCCCAAGCCGGAGCACUAUGCUUCCGGGGGGCGGCGGCGAGGAAUGGAAGCGACGCGGCGCCCCCGCCGGCGAGGACGCCGCCGACGCCGACGCCGACGCUGCCACCUCGGCGUCGGCGGCGUCGCUGAACGACCUCUGCGCCACCGCCGCGGCGGGGGCGCCCGCGCCGUUCCCGACGGCGGCUGCGUGGGCGGUCGCCGCGCUGCUCGCGGUGGGCCUCGGGGUCGGCGCCCUCGUCCUCGCCGUCGUGCGCAGCCCGGCGCUGCUCGUGGUGGCGGUCCUCCUCGCGGCGUCCGUGGCGGCGUUCCUCCUGUGGAAUGCCGCGGCCGCGGCGUCGGGCCACGCGCUGCGCCGGUUCGUGGACGGGCUCCAGGCCUCCAGCCUCCGCGUUGCGGCCGAUGGCCAGCUCGUCAAGAUCACCGGAUUUGUUUCAUGCGGCGACAUUUCACUGAUAUCUUCAUACGAGAAGGUUGAGAAUUGUGUAUACACAUCUACUAUUUUGAGAAAAUGUGCUAGAUGGGGUUCCAUGACACUAAAUCCUUGGAAUCGAUGUUCCAAGUGGAAAUUAGCACAUGCCGAGAGGUUCGCUGCUGAUUUCUACGUAGCGGAUGCAAAAUCAGGUAGGAGGGCCUUGGUGAAAGCUGGGCACCACUCAAAGGUCGUGCCGCUGAUCGACGAGAACCUCCUGGUGACAACAAGCAGGGGCACCGAGUUAUCUUCCACUCUAGAGCACUGGCUCGAAGAAAGGAACCUUUCUUCCGAAGAAGCCCAGAUUAUCCGUCUAGAGGAAGGGUAUAUCAGAGAAGGGAUGCGGUUGAGCGUGGUUGGAGUGCUGAGCAAGAAGAACGGGGAUGCCGUGAUACUUCCUCCGCUGGAGCCUCAAUCGACGGGCUUUGUGUUGCUGUCGUGUCUCCUCCCGUCAUAUUUCGACGGGAUAGUGCUGAGACUGGCCGCCGUGCCGAACUCGGGCGUCUCAUGAAGAGCCGCUAUGGGUAGGGGAGCUCGGUGAGAUGUAACAGCUAACAACAACUCUUGUGCGGUGCCCUUGCCCCCUUGGGAUCUUUUUCCUGUACGGGUCCACCUUUUUCUUUUUUGUUUGCUUCUGGGACUCGAUCGUGUAUGUGGUUUUCUUUUCAGGUAAUCCUAAUGUACAUUCUCACUA